ACCACCGCUAUUCGCCAUCAAGGACUGUAAGCCACCAUCGAAACUUCUUUACGUCGUCUGGUUUCUAGCCGGACUGGCGCUAGCGUUGGCUCCGAGACCAGUGGAGGCAAUUUCCGAGCCCCGGGCGCCGCACUUCCUUCACGAGCCGCCGUCGCGCGUCGAGUUCCUCAACGGCACUGGAGCCGUGGUGCCAUGCGUGGCGCACGGCUCGCCGCCGCCCCGAGUGACGUGGUCGACGCGGGCGGGCCAGCCGCUGCACGAGGUUCCGGGACUGCGCCACAUGCGCGCUGACGGCUCGCUCGUGCUGCCCCCGUUCCGGGCCGAGGACUUCAAGGAGGACGUGCACAGCGCCGUCUACCGCUGCCUCGCCACCAACUCGAUGGGCACCAUCGGCAGCCACGACGUGCGCGUUCGCGCCGUGUUGAGACGACGGUACGACGUGAAGGUGUACGAAGAAUUUGUCAUCAAGGGCAACACGGCGGUUCUACGCUGCCACGUGCCCGAGUUUGUCCGCGAAUACGUCACCGUCACCGCAUGGCUUAUCGACGAGACCGUUAAGAUCACCUCGGGAUUCCACCGUGCUCGUCACACGCGCAUCGCAGGUGACAGGUACAGCCUGUUUCCGACGGGGGAGCUGCACGUGAGAAGGGUGGACGCCACCGACGCCAUGUCGCGCUACCAGUGCCAGACGCAGCACAGGCUCACGGGCGAGGUCGUCAACAGCCCGUCGAGCAGAAAGAUCACUGUCAGAGAGUCGUUCGCCAUGUCUCCUCGGAUCAUAGACAGCAGGCGGCAAGUGCGGGCCGACCAGGGCCGCUCGGCGCAGAUGCCGUGCGCAGCUCAGGGGAACCCGGUGCCCAGCUACCAGUGGUUUCGCAAGGUGCGGGGGCAAGCGCUGCCCGUGCUUCAAGGGGGCCGCUUCCUACACCUCGACGGCACGCUCGUCAUCAACCAGGUGACCCUGACCGAUGCCGGAAUUUAUACUUGCUUCGUCAACAAUACUUCCGGUUCGGACACCACUGACACCGAACUUCAAGUUACCGUGCCCCUGUCGGUGACGGUGCUACCGCGUAGCCUGAAGGUGGACGUGGGCAAAUCUGCCACAUUCAACUGCUCGGUGAGCGGGUUCCCUGUGAACGGCGUCGAGUGGUACCGCAACCAACGGCCGCUUCUGCGCGGGGUGAGCCACGCUCCGUACAGCGUCACCGUAGUACCCGUCCGCCGCGAGGACCGCGGCGUGUACCAGUGUUACGCCUUCAACGACCAGUCCUCGGCACAAGGCGCCGCAGAGCUAACGCUCGCCGAUGACCCGCCCAUCCUGCGCGAGACACUUUCGGAGCGCACCCUGUCGCCGGGCCCAUCCAUAUCCCUCAAGUGCAUCGCCGCCGGACGACCACUACCCCAGGUCACGUGGUCGUUGGACGGACUGCCCGUUCCCGAGAACGCACGCUUCCGCAUGGGCGACUACGUGACGAGCGAGGGCCACGUGGUCAGCUUCGUCAACAUCUCGGGCGUCCGGGCCGAAGACGGCGGCCUGUACCGCUGCAGCGCGGGCAACGAUGUGGGCGUCUCCGAGCAUGCAGCGCGCCUCAACGUACACGGACCUCCGUUCGUACGCCGGAUGGGCAACAUGUCCGUUGUAGCGGGGGAGGCGAUGCGCGUCACCUGCCCUGUCGGUGGCUACCCCAUCGAGGCCAUCACCUGGGAGAGAGAGGGCCUCCGGCUGCCGUACAACCACCGCCAAAAAACAUUCACUAACGGGACGCUAGUCGUGCAAGACGUUGAGCGGGCGACGGACGAAGGCCUCUACUCGUGCACAGCUCGCAACAAGGACGGCCUGACGGCGCACAACACCGUUUACAUCAAAGUGCUAGUUCGACCGGCCAUAGUACCCUUCUCAUUCCCGGAGUCCCUGCAUCAGGGCCAGAGGUACAACGUUCUUUGCACGGUGUCCAAAGGCGACGCUCCAGUCCACAUCACCUGGUACAAGGACGGCGUUCCCGUCUCCACUGCUGGCCUGGCCUCCGUGAGCGUGCUGAACGUGACGGAAUUCUCGUCGACUCUAAUCUUCGAAAAGCUACUACCUGAACACCGAGGAAAUUACAGCUGUGAAGCCCGCAACGAGGCGGGCGUGGUCACGGUCACCUCCACAAUGGUAAUUCACGUGCCACCGAUGUGGCGCAUCGAGCCGUCCGACACCAUGGUCGUUCGCGGUGGGACGGCGAUCAUUGACUGCCAGGCCGAUGGUUUUCCUGUUCCUCGUGUCAGGUGGACGAAAUCCGAAGGCGACGUUCCCGGUGACUACAGAGCCAUCAGCAGCAGCUCACGUAUCCACGUGUUCGAGAAUGGAUCUCUCGCCGUCCACAACGCGGAUGAAAAAGACGCCGGCUUCUUUCUCUGCCAAGCUUCCAACGGAAUUUCGCCGGUUCUCAGCAAAGUUGUAAAGCUCAGCGUCCACGUGGCAGCCCAUUUUAAAUCAAAAUUUAAGGCGGAAAGCGUUCAAAGAGGUCACAUCGCCAGGCUUCGAUGUGAAGCCUUUGGAGACAAGCCAGUUAUCGUCACCUGGUCAAGAGACAAGCAAUCGUUUGACCCUAAGGAGGACCCUAGAUAUGAACUCAACGAAACGGUGCACGGUGGCGGCAUUGUGUCCGAAAUAACGAUUCGAGGUGCGGACAGGCGGGACUCGGCGCUUUUCACGUGCCUUGCCAGAAAUGCAUAUGGGUCCGACGACACGAACAUGCAACUGAUCCUCCAAGAACCACCGGACAGUCCGCAAGAAGUGAAAUUGUUGGAGUACGGCAGUCGGCACGUGAAGCUUUCCUGGAUUACACCGUACAGCGGAAACAGCGCUGUCACGAAGUACAUAAUACAGUACAGGGAAGACACCGAAUCUUGGCACCACAAGUCGUCGAACGUAACCGUGCCCGGUUCGGAAACCACAGCAGAGAUUCGAGGCCUGCGUCCAGUCACACUUUACGUCUUCAGGAUUUUUGCCUUCAAUUCCUUGGGACAUAGCGACGCUAGCACCGAGACGCACGUUCGAACGGACGUCGAAGCACCUGGGGGGCCUCCACAGAAACUUAGGGCUGAGGCAACAGGUUCACAGUCAAUCAAAGUUUGGUGGAAGCCUCCGAGGAAAGACCUCCAGUUUGGCCCGUUGAAAGGCUUCUACGUGGGAUACAAGGUGAAGGACACGACGGAUACCUACGUGUACAAAACUCUCGAACUCACUCCUGCGAACCUGCACGACGAGUGCCACAUCACAAACUUGAAAAGAAACACCGACUACAGCGUCGUAGUCCAAGCUUUCAACGCCAAAGGAGCGGGGCCACCAUCGGAGGAGAUAUUUGUUAAGACCCUAAAGAAUGAUCCUCCAACCUCUCCAGCAGUCAAAGUUCAGUCGUCUACGUCAUCGUCAAUUAGCGUCUCUUGGAAGGCAUCCGACACUAAUGAUAUCCUGGGUUACGUGUUGCACGUGCGAAAAGACUUGGGCGACUGGAACAAGAUCAACGUGCCUCGAGACGCGGCCGAGUACACCGUAGACCAGCUCACAUGUGGUGCUUCCUAUCAGCUCUACCUAUCCGCCUUCAAUUCGGUUGGCAACGGGGGACCAAGCAAUAUCAUUUCGGCUAAAACAAUUGGAGUCGCGCCUGUGGCUCCUGACAAGCCGUCACUGAUCACUAUCAACUCUACAUCGAUCGCCAUUCACUUGGACUCGUGGCACGACGGCGGUUGUCCGUUCAUCGCUUUCGAAGUUCGCUUUAGGAGGCAGAAGGAUAAGGUGUGGAACGUCGUCGGGCACAACAUCCCUCCUCAGCAAAAGCAAAUCCUUUUGAAUGACCUCAUCCCAGGAGUACCUUAUUUGCUUCAAGUAAUUGCGAAAAAUGAAGCAGGCAUAACCGAGGCCGAAUACGACUUCGUCACGCUGCCGGCAGCACAAGCGCCAGCUACCCCAUCGCUAGUUGUCGAGAAUGAAGCCACGCCUUUCUACCUCGAGCUGGGAGUCAUUCUGCCGGCCUGCAUAUCGCUCAUUGUUGUCCUCGUCGUGGGAGUACUCGUGUACAUCGUGCUGCGAAAGCGAUACUCCUCGGACAGCUCGAACAGCGGAAGCUCCGCGUACGGGUCGCGCAAGGGAACCCACCUUCAGGAGUGCCUCCACUUGUCCGAAGUGGACCCGAGCCUGGGCAAGAAGACAAUGUCCCUGGAUGGCCGCCUGGACUACUACCCGACCCCCUACGCCACCACCCGCGUCACCGACAUUGACGAGAGGAAAAUGUCCGAAUGCUCCUACAAGCAGGCCCAGGAGGAGCCUCUUUACGCCACCGUAAAGAGGACGCCUAGGCCUCCUAGGUCGGAUAUCCAUGUCUACAAUUACCCUGUAUUAAGCUCUUCAGCCGACGUUGGUGACAGGCGGGCAUCGUCUAGUCAUUGGAAAAUGGCGACAGCAGUGGUUAAGCUCGACGACGGAUCUGAAGGCUUAGAGGUUAACCACUCGCCGUCAAAGCGGUCCCAUCGAAUGUCCCAUAGGUGAAAUCAAAACUAGACCACGGACACAACGCUGUUCCUACUGCACCACACAAGGCCAAAAGGAAAGGAGAAAAAAGUCACUAUUUUUCUCGACCGACGCCCAUUUUCGCGCUAUGCUCAGAGACACUUUGUAAACGGCGUGUUCGGCGUGGGUGCUGGUCGUCACCGAAGGCAGGACGCGUGCUCACCGCGGACUCGUGCGCCUUUUUUUUGGACUGAGCACGUGGAGCGAUUCUUGAUCGUGCCUCAUUGCGUUCUGACGCCUCGCGAUCCCCUCAUCAUCAUUAUCAUCACCAACAAUAUCGAACAUCGAUGUGAAAGCAGCCUCCCCUUACAUACAUAUCUUAUUGUGCAGUGUGAUAUCAAAAACCUUGUCAGCGCGAAAGCAAUGUUGAACGCGUUGAUCGUGCUUUCGUUUUCACGUUGCCCUGUUGUUCAUGUCACGUUCCCAUUCGGGUUUUUUUUCUCGAGAAGCUGCGAAAGCUGGUGUUUCGGAUGUUAAAUAGGCGCAACUACCAUCAGACUUAACGUGAACAUUGGUAAUCAUAAUUACAAGUCCAGCAACUCACAAACUGUAGACGCCAAACGCUUCGAUGUCAUUGGUGCGGACGUGUCAGGAUUAUACUGAUUCUAAAUGGCCCAGCUUUAGAGAUUUGUUACAGAAACACAGUGGAAAAAUAAGUAAGAAACUGAUCAGCUUUCCUACGGGUUUAUAAGAAAGAGCAGACGAUUUAUAGCACGAAGUACUAUACUGUAAGAGGGCGUUAAGCUCUCCCUAUCGUCAAAUUCACAAGCGCUGUGCGUGAGACCACACAUCACGUUUGUGGGCUGGUAACGGAAAUCAUGUGAAAGAACACUGACUUAAUUUAAGAGACUGAAACAGCGGUUGAGACAACAUAUUUGUUAGCGACUUUCCGGAUAAACACUGUGAGUUGACGCAUCACUGAAAGGAACAAUUGAGAGAUCUGGUGUUUUUGCCAGAACCUGUAUCCCUACCUCAUUGUAUCUACCUAAGAUCUCACCCCCCCCCCCUUUUUUUUUUUCAUUUGCGGCAGAGCCUCCUGAAAACUGCCUCGCGACCCUUUACUCAUCAUCAUCACCAACUACAGUUUUAACAAGCGACCCGAAACGCGGCUGCGAAAUUUUUUCACCUCGAUGCAAACGAUAGCAAAAAAUUAAGCUGGUGUUACAGUUUGGUAAUGUAGUCUAUGUUGUUGUCGUGAUGAACAUGUGAUACAGUAAAAGAGAGCGAAGAUGCUUUAGAGUGGGCAGUGCUGGUGCCGAGUUGUGUUCUUUUGGGCCAAGUGUGAAGCACACUCACUGCCAUAUCGAAUCGCCGUCGGAGGAAGAAACAGGUUUACGUUUUCGAAUGCGUGCAUUAGCGCUGCCCUGACCCCUUCUGCGUACAUUUUCAUCUAUGUAUAGUUGCACAUUUUGUUAAACGAAUAUUCGCACUGCAUCGACCACGCGUGUACAUACGGCAAAGUUGUUACGAUGUAGUGUGAUGCUGUGUCUAUGCAUAAAGUGUUCAUACGAAAGAUUC